AUGGCUGAAGCACAGAGUCAAAGCAUUACCAACACCUUGAAACCAAAGUUGAACAUUCCAGCCUCUUCAGUGUCAAUAUCCGUGAAAAUAAUCGAUGCCUCGACCAUCUCCAACGUACCUGCUCAUGCAUUAGUUACACCUAUGGUGCCUGGCUACAAGACAGCAUCGCCAGCGCCUUCAUAUUGCUUUCUCCUUGAACAUCCCUCCGGGCAGAAAGUGCUCUUCGACCUCGGGAUCCGCAAAGACUGGCAGAACCUUGCUCCGGCCAUUGUCGAGAGGUUUAAGAAGGUUGGACAUCAACCUAGCGCUGAGAAGAAUAUCUCAGAGGUUCUUGACGAUGCCGGGGUUGGGAAGGAGAAUGUCAAUGCUGUGAUAUGGAGCCAUGCGCAUUGGGACCAUAUAGGGGACAUGUCCACUUUUGGGCCCGAGACCGAACUGGUGGUGGGACCGGGAUUCAAGGACUUCUUCCUGGGUGAAGGUGAUGGGAAGAACUCUGCCCUUGGGAGUGUGCAGUCAAGCGAUGUCGAAGGUCGGACUGUUCGUGAGAUUCAAUUCCAAGGGGUGGGCAUCGGCAAGAUUGGCAAAUUCCCAGCUUUCGAUUAUUUUCAAGACGGCUCCUUAUACCUUUUGGACACUCCUGGGCAUUGUGUCGCUCACCUGUGUGCCUUGGUCCGGACGACCACGAACCCAGACACAUUUGUCUUCUUAGGAGGCGAUGCAGCACACCAUUGCGGCGAGGUUCGUCCAUCGGCCUAUGUUCCGAUGCCUGAACCAAUUUUGAAGACCACGGCGAAAACGUCUGUAAACCAACACGAUCAAUUACCUGCUUGCCCUGGCUCCUGGUAUGAGGAUCUACAGAUUUCGCGUGAUCGCGACCCAAAGGGCCCACUCUGGCAACCAGCAUUUGGUCACAAUAUGGAGGAAGUGAUGACCACUAUCCAAAGUAUGCAGGAAUAUGACGGAGAUGAAAGUGUUUUUGUCAUCUUGGCUCACGAUCCGUCUUUGCGAUCGUCAGAAGUGCGUUUCUUUCCACAAGAGAUCAACGACUGGAAGCAAAGAGGGCUGAAUCAGAAGCUGAGAUGGAAGUGGACGGAAGAAAUUCUUGACACGUUGAAUUGCUAG